ACCAUCAAAUUGAAUCACAACUCCAUUUUGAAAUAUAUUUUAAAGAGAAAGGAAAGCGUCAACCGUUUUAUGAGUACUAAAACAAAAUGUUAUUUAGUUUUUUAUCAAAAAAAUGAGUUUUAUUUUCGUCAUGGAUUACAUAAAGAUUUUGCUUCUAGUUUUUGCAUUAAUAUACCUCAAUGAUGCGGUUAAAGUUAACAUGCAAGGAUCAGUCAGCUUCGGUAAAGAAGUAAUAGAUACAAUAUCACAUUACAUGCGGAGACAGGGCGCGGGCGCCACGACAUCGGGGCGACGGUCGAUGCCUUUCUCCAAAGAACACGAUGUUCUUUACAUCAUUAUCAAAUCAGCAUACUUGUGUCGAGACCUCCGGUUUUGUGAGGGUAAAUUAGAGCAAUUCCUAAAUGAGUACAUCAUGGUACAAACGAAAUCAAUAGAAACCAUUUUUGAAGGAAUCUUCAACCACAAACACAUGACUCACGAACAAGCGAGAAAGGAACGGUUGUUCUUUGAAGAAGAAUUGAAGAAAGGUUUACGAGAAAUUAGGAAACUACUCAAACACAUGACUAUGAAAAUGAGAUCAGAAAGCAGUACUUACUUGUGGAUUGAAGUUAUUAAAAAAAUAAGUGUUAUGUUCCAAACGGCAGCAAUUUUAUUAGCUGGGGAAAGACUUGAGGGCAAGCCGGAGGAGAUAGAUGAGGUUAAGAAGAAACUAACCCAGAAGCUGGUCAUAGCCACUUCUAUAGUCGAGGGAAAGUAUGAGAGCAAGCUAUGUUCACAAUACCACGUCUGUGUCAAAGCUUUUGAAGUCACGAAGGCACUGGAGACUGUACUAGGGUCUUUUAAAGACAUGGAUGAGGAAAGUGCGAAAAUAUUCAUCCGGUACGUUUCCGAAAGCCUGAUGGAGACCAAAUUAUAUUCUCAUUUAGCCGAAGUUACCUCUAAUGAGCUGCAGAUUAUACUGAACGAUAUGGCGUAUUCUGAUAGCGUGUCAGCGAAAGAAGUAUUGCUGUCGAUACACAAAGCUGUAGAAGACAGACUGAAUGCGUUACAUAAGAAGACUCACAUGGUGAACGGGAGAGAUGUGGAGUUAGUUCAUGUAAUAUUGUCAGAUAUGGAUCAUGUGUAUGGGAAAAGCAGCUUUGAUCCGUUCCACGAGUUCAUGAAGAGUUUCUUCAGCUGGACCCGGACGAGAACCCGAUUAGGUGGUCCGAUUCGCAGUCUGCUUAAAGAUUUGGCAGAUGCCUUGAGUUACCUCCCCGAAGAUUUGAGUUAUAAACUUAUCAACGAAGUACGAACGUUUUUAGAAAUCACAGUUGAUCCGGAAUACUGAAAUUAAAUAGUUUUUUUAUU